UAUAAAUGCCCCGGGGCAGGCCGGGCGGCCGCCACUGGCACUCCACAAAACGCUACAGCCACACGCCCCACCGCUGAUUGUUGCCGGAAUCCCAGCGCGCACACAUAUACACACACACACACACUCACAAUGUCAGGCAGGAGCAGGCCGGGGCAGGGUGCAUGGCUGUCCUUCGAGAACGGCCUCGAGGAGUACAAGGAGAGCCAGAUCAAGAAUGAGUGGUGGCACAAGGUCAGGCCGGACAACCCGCCUAUGACAAGGAAGCAGAAGCGGCGUCUCAAGCAGCAGCUUCAAGAAGCCAGCGCCAGCACUGACAAUCAGAACAGUAAACCUAAGCCAGACCAGCCAGCUCAAGACAAACCCAAGAAACCCGAGAAGGCCAAAAAGCCGGCCAAGAAGCCACAGCCCGCAGCAGAACCCUCUGCCACAGCAGAGACUGUUGGGCACUCGAAGGAGCCUGCGGCGGCGGCGGCAGCUCCUCCGGCAGACACCGAGAAGCUCAAGCCUCAGAGGAAGGAAAAACCUCCCAGAGAGAAGAAGAAGAAAGCCUCCGAAAGCGAGAAGGAAGUCCCAGAAGCAGCUGACGCCGCCCCGGAGGCUACCGAAGCCGCCUCAGAGACGCCGUCAACAGCGACCCCUGAGUCGAAGAGGAAACCUAAGGCUGCAGGGAUGGCACCCCCGACUAAGCAGAAGGCACCAGUUACAGCGGCGCGACAGCAGCCCGUCCAGCAGCCAGCUGCGGAACCCGUAGCUGCAGCAGCACCACAGCCGGCUGUAGAACCAGUAGCAGCACCAGCACCACAGCCGGCCGUAGAACCAGCGCCGCAGCCAGCUGUACAACCAGCACGAGCACCACAGCCGGCCGUAGAACCAGCACCACAGCCGGCCGUAGAACCAGCACCACAGCCGGUUGCAGAACCAGCCCCAGCACCACAGCCGGCCGUAGAACCAGCACAAUUACCCGAAGUAGGAACCACAGAGGAAGUAAAACACAAACCAAAGGAAGCCAAACAAGAAGCAAAGAAAAGAGGCAAACCAGAUACAAAGAAAGAAGCCAAAAUUAAAGCAAAGGAAGCCAAACCAGAAGUAAAGGAAGCCAAACCAGAAGCAAAGGAAGCCAAACCAGAAGCAAAGGAAGCCAAACCAGAAGUAAAGGAAGCCAAACCAGAAGCAAAGGAAGCCAAACCAGAAGUAAAGGAAGCCAAACCAGAAGCAAAGGAAGCCAAACCAGAAGUAAAGGAAGCCAAACCAGAAGCAAAAGAAGCCAAACCAGAAGCAAAGGAAGCCAAACCAGAAGUAAAGGAAGCCAAACCAGAAGUAAAGGAAGCCAAACCAGAAGCAAAAGAAGCCAAACCAGAAGCAAAGGAAGCCAAACCAGAAGCAAAGGAAGCCAAACCAGAAGUAAAGGAAGCCAAACCAGAAGCAAAGGAAGCCAAACCAGAAGCAAAGGAAGCCAAACCAGAAGCAAAGGAAGCCAAACCAGAAGUAAAGGAAGCCAAACCAGAAGUAAAGGAGGCCAAACCAGAAGUAAAGGAAGCCAAACCAGAAGUAAAGGAAGCCAAACCAGAAGUAAAGGAAGCCAAACCAGAAGCAAAGGAAGCCAAACCUGAAGCCAAACCAGAAGCAAAAGAAGCCAAACCAGAAAUAAAGGAAGCCAAACCAGAAGUAAAGGAAGCCAAACCUGAAGUCAAACCAGAAGUAAAGGAGGUCAAACCAGAAGUAAAGGAAGCCAAACCAGAAGUAAAGGAAGCCAAACCUGAAGUCAAACCAGAAGUAAAGGAAGUCAAACCAGAAGUAAAGGAAGCCAAACCAGAAGUAAAGGAAGCCAAACCAGAAGUAAAGGAAGCCAAACCUGAAGCCAAACCAGAAGUAAAGGAAGCCAAACCAGAAGCAAAAGAAGCCAAACCAGAAGCAAAGGAAGCCAAACCUGAAGCAAAGGAAGCCAAACCAGAAGUAAAGGAAGCCAAACCAGAAUCAAGGGGAGAGUCAAAGCGAGAAGCAAAAGAAGCCAAACGGGAACAGAAGCAAAAUGUCAAAAAAGGAGCCAAACCUAAGCCAGAAGUAAAGAAAGAAACCAAACCAGAAGUUAAGGUGGAAGCCAAACCAGAAGUUAAGGUGGAAGCCAAACCAGAAGUAAAGGCAGAAGCCAAACCAGAAGUAAAGCCAGAAGCCAAACCAGAAGUUAAGGCGGAAGCCAAACAAGAAGUAAAAGCAGAGGCCAAACCAGAAGUAAAGCCAGAAGCCAAACCAGAAGUAAAGAAAGAAGCCAAACCAGACAAAAAGAAAGAAGUCAAAUCAGAAAAGAAAGAAGCCAAAUUAGAAGAAAAGAAAAAAUCCAAACCAGAAGCCAAACAAGAAGUAAAGGCAGAAGCCAAACCAGAAGUAAAGUCAGAAGCCAAACCAGAAGUAAAGCCAGAAGCCAAACCAGAAGUAAAGCCAGAAACCAAACCAGAAGUAAAGGCAGAAGCCAAACCAGAAGUAAAGCCAGAAGCCAAACCAGAAGUAAAGCCAGAAGCCAAACCAGAAGUAAAGCCAGAAGCCAAACCAGAAGUAAAGGCAGAAGCCAAACCAGAAGUAAAGCCAGAAGCCAAACCAGAAGUAAAGCCAGAAGCCAAACCAGAAGUAAAGGCAGAAGCCAAACCAGAAGUAAAGCCAGAAGCCAAACCAGAAGUAAAGCCAGAAGCCAAACCAGAAGUAAAGCCAGAAGCCAAACCAGAUGAAAAGAAAGAAGCCAAACCAGAAGUAAAGCCAGAAGCCAAACCAGAAGAAAAGAAAGAAGCCAAACCAGAAGUAAAGGCAGAAGCCAAACCAGAAGUAAAGGCAGAAGCCAAACCAGAAGUAAAGGCAGAAGCCAAACCAGAAGUAAAGAAAGAAGCCAAGCCUGAAGAGAAGAAAGCCAAACUAGAAGAAAAGAAAGUGGCCAAACCAGAGGCAGCAGUUGUUGCAGCGAAGGAAGCGCCAAUACCAUCACAACUUCCACCGCCAGCUGAACCUAAAGAAACCUCGCCACCAGACGCAACCCCAACACCUUCUGCCCCAAAAGAAGCAUCUAAACCUCCCGCAGCAAAGGAGGAACCCACGUCAGCACCUGCAAAGGUGUCAGAGACUAAAGUCGAGACGAAGCCUGAGGCAGCAGACGUCAAGUCAGACCUCGUAGCCAAACCCGAGAGGAAGGAGGAAGGAUCUCAACCAACUACCCUCGUCGGUCCACUGCCUGGACUUGCACCUUUUCCCGAACCCUCCCCAGCACAGGCCACACCCACCUUGUCCAAAGGAUUCGCACCCGUGCUCGACUCCGCCAUAGCGCCCGCUGUUGGGGAGCAAAAGCCCGCACCGGCACCGCGGUUCGCUUCAACGUUUGUGCCUCCACUUGGUCCAGCUUUGGCGUCUACGUUGCCAGCAGCACCUUCCCUUGACCAAGCCCAGAAGGAUCCCCCGUCCCCUACACUGAUGAACCUUCGAGUGCAAGUAGCCCCCUCUGCCACAAAGUCUACACCUGGCCCACAGCCAACUCAACAACCAGUGUCAUUCCCAGGCUUCGGACCACCACCUCAGCCUGUCCUUUCAUCAAGCUUAAAGCAAGGGUUUAUGCCCAGCUUUGGUCCUGCCAUGGGACCUGCUGUGGCCUCAGUCCCUUCCACAGCUCCUCCUCUGGGACCAGCACUCUCUCCUGCUCUGGGAACAGCAAUGGGCUCAAUCUUAUCACAUGGACUUGACCCUGUUCCUCCAACUGUUUCCUUGAGUUCUCAGGGUCCAGCGCCUACAUCUGGAAGCUUCAGCCCCCGCGGUCCAGCACCUUCAUCUGGAAGCUUCAGCCCCCAAAGCCCAGCACCUUCUUCUGGAAGCUUCAGCCCCCAGGGUCCACCACCUUCGUCAGGAGGUUUCAGCCCCCAGGGUCCACCACCUUCGUCAGGAGGCUUCAGCCCCCAGGGUCCACCACCUUCGUCUGGAAGCUUCAGCCCCCAGGGUCCACCACCUGCAUUUGGUAGCUUCAGCCCUCAAGGUCCAGCACCUUUAUCUGGAAGCUUCAGCCUCCAGGGUCCAGCACCGUCACCUGGUAGCUUCAGCUCCCAGGGGCCAGCCCCUGGUUCCAUUAGCUUCAGUUCACGAGUCCAAGGCAGUGCUCCUUUCAGCUUCAGCCCAAAUAGUCAACCAGCUCCCGCUCCCUUCAGCUUCCUACCUAAAGAGAGCACUGGGGAGCCCGCUGGAGGUCCGGUUCCAGCCCAGGUGUUCGGCAGCCCGCCUCCCCUGGCGCCCAUCUCCACCUUCCUCACACAACCUGGAGGUGAUGAUGGCACCACUCUGAUGGAGGAGGCCAUGCAGGCUCCGGGUCUCUCCGACGACGACUUCGAUCUCCCGCCUCCACCGACGCCACCUCAAGUGGAUAAAACAGGCAAAGUGAAGAAGUAAAAUGAUGAAGCAAAGAAGAAAAAAAAAUCAACUUCGCGUUUUCCUGUAACAACCUUGUGGCAGGAUUUGACAAAGCUACGAUAUCUUAAUUAAAUAUAAUCGAUUUCUACACUUUUUUUUACGAAAAACAAAAAUGGGCUCUGUCACAGUGUAUUUGUGCUUAGUACAAAUAAGUCACUUCUUUUUCGGCAUUCCCUGCUGGUGAAAUUAUAUUGUAUAUGUUAGCUGAAAUGCGUUAAUAAAAUAAUUAAAUAUGUG